UUUCUCUCUCUCUCUCUGAGAUGGUGCUCUCCGUCUCUCCUUUCUGCUUGUCUUUCUGUGUUAAAGCAAUCUUCAAAUCACUUGGUAACGUAAAUCUUCUUGUCAGAUUUUUUUCGAGAUGUCGUGAGAUCUGUCAGGUUUAAUGAAGCUGAAGGAGCAUCCAAAAAGGAGCAAAAGGUGCUCCUUUUUUAACCUGUCUGGUCUUGUUAGAGGUUUCUAUCCAAGAAACGUUGUCAGAUACCAUCAAAACUGAGUGUCUCAGUAGUAGAUAAUUGAAGUAUUAGUCUUGUACCACCAACAAUGGACAGGAAGGACACAUCAGGCUUUGUAAGUGGUGGAGCUGUCUUAUCAAGUCUUCUUCUACACUUGGUUAUGCUGCAUACACUCUCUGAAUAGCAUCGUGGUAAAGCUGUUAUGCUAGUAGAGACAAUAUUAUUCUACUGCUAGUGUUCUUAGAUUGUGUCCUGUUCAUUCUGCCUUUUCACAUCAUACGAUGGAUCUCAAUGUGAAAGAUCCCUUUGUCCCUGCAAAUGGGGAGACAAGCAAACGUGACAACUUUGGUAAUACAGCUUUGCACCUGGACUUUCUUGGCUAUGGAUCCAAAAAGACUGCCCAAUCUGGGGAUUCUGGUAGUAACCAUCACAAAAUUUCUGUCCAAGUUCCACCUGAUGAUGGUUACCAUUUGGUUCUUGGUUUAGGCCCCACACCAAGUUCCUGUCAUGAUUACUCUGUUGGGAUAAACAAAAGGAAGGAAAUUGCCAAUAUAUUUGGACAAGGGUUGUCCUCAGAUGGUGACUCUGGUAUCCUAAAACUCGGCCUUCCUCUGGGGACUGGGGACACCUUGGGUGUAUGCCAAAAUCCAUUUUCAGUGCAGAGUCAUCUGAGUACAUCCCAUCACCUGAACCAAAUGCCCAUUGAAGAGAAUAGAUUAUCCAUUCCUAUUGUUGAUGAGGGAUCAACUUCAGCCAAGAAAUCUGGUGGAUAUAUGCCAUCCCUUCUCCUGGCUCCAAGGGCACCAGUUAUGGAAAAGGUUGUGAAGACCCAGCCACUUUUAGAGCUUGGAACAAGGUCCAACACCCACCAUAGUCAUUUUCCUCAGUUGAGUCCUGAACCUACAGUGACCACAGAUUACUCAACAGGCACUCACUCUGAGCCUGUAACUGCAAUGGUUUCUUCAGAGCAUCGGGCUAGCCAUCCAAAGAAGUGCAAGUUUGAUGGUUGUUCAAAGGGGGCAAGAGGGGCAUCUGGUCUAUGUAUUGCCCAUGGCGGAGGGCAGAGAUGCCAGAAACCAGGGUGCAACAAGGGUGCUGAAAGCAAGACUGCCUACUGCAAGGCCCAUGGUGGAGGGAGGAGGUGCCAGCGCUUGGGCUGCACCAAGAGUGCCGAGGGGAAGACUGAUUACUGCAUAGCGCAUGGAGGUGGUAGGCGGUGUGGGCAGCCAGGGUGCACUAAGGCAGCCCGAGGCAAAUCAGGACGGUGCAUCAGGCAUGGUGGGGGUAAGAGAUGCAAUGUGGAAGGAUGCACUCGCAGUGCUGAGGGGCAAGCUGGAUUGUGCAUCUCUCAUGGAGGGGGACGCCGGUGCCAAUUCCCAGGAUGCACAAAAGGGGCCCAGGGUAGCACCAUGUAUUGUAAAGCCCAUGGUGGGGGAAAGCGGUGCAUAUUUGCAGGGUGCACCAAAGGUGCUGAGGGUAGCACACCAUUGUGUAAGGGUCAUGGUGGCGGAAAGCGUUGUCUCUUUCAAGGUGGCGGGAUCUGUCCCAAGAGCGUCCAUGGUGGGACAGAUUACUGUGUUGCGCAUGGUGGAGGCAAGCGUUGUGCUGUUCCGGGCUGUACCAAGAGUGCCCGUGGCCGCACUGACUGCUGUGUCAAGCAUGGUGGGGGAAAGAGGUGCAAGUUUGAGAACUGUGGAAAGAGUGCGCAAGGGAGUACUGACUUCUGCAAAGCCCAUGGUGGGGGAAAGCGGUGCACAUGGGGGCAAGGAACAUGUGAGAAAUUUGCUAGAGGUAAGAGUGGACUCUGUGCAGCACACAGCAGCAUGGUCCAGGACCGUAAUACAGACAAGGGCAAUAUGAUUGGGCCAGGACUCUUCCGUGGACUUGUACCCGUUUCAACAGUGGGGAGCAGCAUGGAAAAUGAAUAUUCUUCUUCAGGUGUAAGUGCCAUCUCUGAUUGCACUGAUUCACCAGAAAAUCCAGCAAAAAGGCAGCACCUAAUACCACCUCAAGUCUUGGUACCUCUGUCGAUGAAAUCCUCAUCAUCUUCUGGGAUGUUGGGGGCUGAGAGGGAGGAGGAAGGAAGCAGUAGAGUUGGUGGGACCAGAAACUUUGACUUCAUGGUCCCCGAGGGAAGAGUCCAUGGUGGUGGUCUCCUGUCCUUACUUGGUGGGAGUCUGAAAAAUACCAUUGAUGGGAUCUGAGUUUCCAUUACUGUAUUUCAGACGUAUGAGAGAGAAGGGGUUAAUGGUUUGUUAAAACUAAACUGUCUAUAUUGCUAUGUUUGUUCAAGACUUGGUUUUAAUUUGGUCUUCGUAGUUGGUGUGUAUUGUUAGUGUUCGUAUUGGGGGAAGAAAUGGCAUUGUAUUGUUAGCUUUAUGUGUCAUUUGUCUUUGGAUGUGAGUGUCUGUACAUAGAUGUGAAUAAGAAGAAUUGAGUUGCUUAGGUACAAGUGUACAACUCACAAUCUCAUUUCCUGUGGUUGCUUACAAAGAUGAGAAUCUUCCUCCCUUUUGUCUAAUGAUUUGGAUGAAUAUGGCAUGUAUGUAUCUGGUUCUGGUA